AUGGCAGAAGAGCUAGCAGGACUUGGAGCGACCGUACAAUAUGCCUGUUCUAGUGACCAAGCACCGAUUGAUGAGAGGAAUCAAGAAUGGGAAAGUAAGGGAGUUAAAGUGACCGGCUCAGUUUUUGACCUCAAAUCUACAACUCAAAGAGAGAACCUCAUGAACACAUUCUCAUCUGCUUUUGAUGGCAAGCUUAACAUCCUUCUGAGCCUGAACUCUCUGCCUUUGCAGAAACAAGCAAAGUUGGCGUGGAAAUGGGCAAAAGACAACAUUCGCACAAACACUGUGAAACUUAUGUACAACAACAACAAUGGGGCUAAAGUUCGUGCUGAUGAUGGUCUCUGUCGUCCUGCAGAGCCUAAUGAGAUUUCAUCUCUGGAAUGUGGAACCAGGGUUGGCCUGGUAAUAGCACUUCCACACCCAUUUGCCAUAGCAAAGGGCAAGGGCAAUGUAAGGGAUGUUACUAUUCACAUGAAUAGUAACAGCCCUUGCAAAAGGCUUAUGGUGUUUUCACUCAUUGCCAUGGCAACUACUAUUCACAUGAGAUAUGAUGAGAGGAAUUUGUAUAGAGUUUUGGUGUGGGAAGUGAAAAAUAUGACUAAGAUAGAGCACGGGCUCUUUUUGCAUGUGGGCUGGCCUGGUUUUGUGGGACACACUACUUGCUUAAGCAAGUUUGGUCCACUGGAAGGCGUCGCUUGGGCUUGGGCCCUGUCCUACCCUGGCUUGGGGCAAUCAGUGGAAUAG